CUGUUCUCGGGCUGAUGCAAUAGCAAGGAGCGGGUAUUGCGUGUGUGACUUGGAAGGUACGGUAACAUCAGUAGCAUCCCAACUGCUUGAAGCGGAAGACCAAGGGACAUAGUCUUUACAUUUGAUUCAUUAAAAAAAAAAAAUUCCAGUUAUUUAUUCCGGUUAAUAUGGCGGUUGUGAGAACCCUGAGCAGAGUGGCACAGCAGGCCCUGCAGGCCCCGCCCUGCGGCUGCCAGCCAAUCACGGUCGCCGUCCGCCACAUCAGCUUCUCCCCCCGCCAGGUCACCUCCGACGCCAGCUUCCACUCUGUGUCCUUCUCCGAGACCGACCACCCCAAAGUGCUCAUCACAGGGGGCCUGGGACAGCUCGGGGUGGGCCUGGCCACGCUUUUGAGGAAGAGGUUUGGAAACAACAGCGUGAUUCUGUCAGACAUCAGGAAACCGCCGAGCCACGUGUUCCACAGCGGCCCCUUCAUCUACUCGGACAUCCUGGACUACAAGAACCUGCGGGAGAUCGUGGUGAACAACCGCAUCACCUGGCUGGUGCACUACAGCGCCCUGCUGAGCGCCGUGGGGGAGGCCAACGUGGCGCUGGCGCGCGCCGUCAACAUCACCGGGUUGCACAACAUCCUGGACAUCGCGGCGGAACACGGACUCCGCCUCUUCGUCCCCAGCACCAUCGGCGCCUUCGGCCCCACCUCCCCCCGAAACCCCACCCCGGACCUGUGCGUGCAGCGCCCCCGCACCAUCUACGGCGUGUCCAAGGUGCACGCCGAGCUCAUGGGCGAGUAUUACCACCAUCGGUACGGGCUGGACUUCCGUUGCCUCCGCUACCCUGGCAUCAUCUCCGCCGACUCCCAGCCUGGGGGGGGCACGACCGACUACGCGGUGCAGAUCUUCCACGACGCGGUGAAGACAGGCAAGUUCGAGUGCAACCUGAAGCCGGACACGCGGCUGCCCAUGAUGUACAUCGAGGACUGCCUGCGCGCCACGCUGGAGGUGAUGGAGGCCCCGGCCGACACGCUGAGCAUGCGCACCUACAACAUCAACGCCAUGAGCUUCACCCCCGAGGAGCUGGCCCGCGAGGUGCAGCGGCAGCUGCCCGACCUGCAGGUCACCUACCACGUGGACCAAGUGCGCCAGGCCAUCGCUGACAGUUGGCCCAUGAACUUUGACGACGAGAACGCGCGGCGGGACUGGGGCUGGAAGCACGAGUACGACCUGCCGGAGCUGGUGCAGACGAUGCUGGCCUUCAUCGGCGCGGAGUCGCGGGUCGCCCGAGCCAGCUGAGCGCGUGCAGACUCGCCCCGGGGGCGGGGCCAGGCGGGAGCCCGGCCCAGUGUAUAUACUGUACAGAAUGACCUUUGACCUUUAGGGAGAGGACCCGCGCGGUCUGUACAUAGCGUUUCGCCGUGCGUGGGGGGGGGGGGGGGGGGGGUAGAGGGGUCGCACCCUUAGCCUAGCGCGCCCGCCACGUAUAUUAUGUGCUGCCUGUUGGGCGGGUGGGGGGGGCGGGGGUGCUAAUGCCUCCUCCAAAAACUUCAGCUCCUGUGCUAAAGUUUUUGUGCAAAACUUUUAAGAAACUUGUAACUCCUCAGAUUGAAAGCCUUUGCAUGUCUGUGAACUGUGGGCUGAACCUGGAAGCGUGGCUGGGCCUGGGUUCCGUCCAUGCUGGGUUCCGUCCACGCUGGGUUCCGUCCACCCUGGGUUCUGUCCACACUGGGUUCCAUCCACGCUGGGUUCCGUCCACACUGGGUUCCAUCCACCCUGGGUUCUGUCCACACUGGGUUCUACCCACACUGGGUUCCAUCCACGCUGGGUUCCGUCCACGCUGGGUUCCGUCCACGCUGGGUUCCGUCCACGCUGGGUUCUGUCCACGCUGGGUUCCACCAUCACUCUGUCUAGAGUACCUUGUGGCUGGUGGAAAGAGCACCCUGCUAAAGACCGACCUUAUUAUUCUGAGGGAAAUAUUUCUGUUCUUAAUGCCUGCAGUGUCUGAGAGAGCUGUCCUCACUUUGCCUGUCGGUUCCACAUCCAAAGAAAAAGCACGGCGGUCUGGGUCCUUUCCGUCCCAUUAUCAAAAUGCCAGGAGAAUCUCUCGCUCAUCUGUAGAUGGUAGAAGUUGAGCUCCAUGUUACAAUGUUAGUUUAAUUUAUACUUUUGGACUCUGUAUUUUUCUUACUUACUAUUUAUUAUACCUGCAGUGAGUUUUUAAAAAGCAAAAUCACACCUGCAGUGUUUCAUGACAAAUUACAAUGCCUUCUGUUGUUCUGUGAAAUCAUUACCUGCAAACUCCUCCUCCUGGAACGCUUAAUUCCCAGUUUUGGUCUCCUCCAAUGGGAGACGUGGCGAUGCUGCAUGCUACUGUGAUGUCAUAAAGGCAGCCAUAGCAUCCCACACCAUUCUGUCUCUCUGCAACUACAAAGGGCUUUUCCAAGGAACCUGUUCUGUCAGCUUAAAGAUGAGUUGAAUGUACUUGUCCUUUUAGUGUACUUCUUUUUUUCUAAUUACCUGUUUUGGCAGCAGAUUGAAUUGUUUAAAUCUGUUUGCCUCUUCAGGUGUUGAUCUGUAAAACUCCUUUUUCAUUAAAAAAAAAAAAUCUUUUAUUUUG